AUCUUUUUUGUUUUUCCAGAUCACAUUUAGCUUGGCUUUUUUUGUCAUUAAUUUCAAUUCAACAUGGCAAACUUUCAUAUUGACGAGAAUUCAUUGAUGGAGCUAGUUUGUGCAACUCAUAAUCCUGAUGACGGUAUAAACUUCAAUGCUAAUGUUGUUCUUAGUGCAAUUGAGAAAAUUCUCAACUUUGAAAAGGCCACUGAUAAAGAAGCCACCAAAGAGAUGCUACAGGAGUUUGAUCUCAAUUAUAGGGAGCUUUCAUUAAAAAUACAACACAUUUGUUUUGAGCUAACAUUCAAGUCAUUAAGCAUCAUAGAUGGACACCUUACCACAAUAUGUCUAUUAAGCACAUUAUCAGCGUAUUCAUGGGAGGCAAAGAUGGUGCUAAUGCUUGCAGCCUUUUCCAUUUGCAAUGGAAAACUCAACAUUUUUUCUCAACUACACUAUACGAAAGGGUUGGCAAAGCAAUUGGCAAUUGUCAUGCAAAUAACAAAUUCAACAACAUCUAAUGCCCCAAACCCAAUUGAUGAUUUGAUAAAGUGUGCCAUGGAUCUCACCAAAUGCAUUGUUGAGAUUAAUCAAUCAUCAUCAUAUUCUUUGUCCCAAUCAGUUAUUUCGGCAUUACCAAUGGCUAGCUAUUGGAUUGGUAGAAGCAUUGCUUGUAUUGUGGCCCAUUGUGCUUGUUUUCCUCUGAUAAAUAUCAAGUUUCAAAGUGAAAUGAACAUUAUAACGGUCGAGAUCAAAGAUAUACUCUCCUCUUGUUACCCAGCACUAGAAACGAAGAAAGCAGAGGAAUCUUAUAAAGCACUCAAAAGUGCUUUAUUUCACAACUCUUCUAAUAAAUUAGAAGUUUUAAAGCUAGUAUUAAAUGUCAUUGAUGAGAGUGAGAUUUCACUUUCUAGAAGGUUUUAUGAGGCCAAGAUAAGACUGCAGUUAGACACGGAAUUUGGAUUAAAUUUUUUUGAUGAUGAGAAUGCAAAAGUGGCUCUGCUACUAACAUCCGGCCUUGACAUCUCUAAUGAGAGGAUUCAGUUUCUCAAUAACUUUUACUUAGAUUCAAUGUCAACUCCAUUUAUUCUUUGGAUUCCAAUUGUGGACGAUCAUUUCCUGUGGUCGACUAAGCAAUAUAAAGAAUUUAGAGAUAAAAUGCAGUUUGCAAUGAUGGAUGACCCACAUAAAAGGAUUGCACGAAGCUUUACUAGAUUUGUGAAGGAGAAUCUCCUUCCUCACUUUCAGAUUGGAGAGGAGUCUAUUCUCAUUUCACUAGACCAACAAGGAAGGAUCAUUCAUACAAACGCAAUGCACAUGAUACAAACAUGGAGUCCUGAUUAUAUUGAAGAUAGAAAGUUGAAAGUUCAGGGACGAAAUAAUAUAAUCCCUUUCAUUAAAAAGGAGAUGAAAGAAAGGUCUCAAGGUCUUGAUAGUUUGAUAUUUGACAUUGACGAACAAAUAAGUCUAUUGGCACGUGAGGUUGAUGAUAAGAUAGAUGCUUGGACAAAUCAAAUUAACAAUAGGAUAAAUGAAUUGAGAGAGCACUCAAAUAUGUACACAAGUGAAAGAGAAAACGCUCUAUGGAAAAAAGAAAAAGAUUGGAGUCUUCGCCUUGUGGUUGGUGAAAUGGACAACGAAGUAACAUCUUGGAUUGAGAAAGAAAGGUGUAUUUUCUUAUAUGGAGGAAAUGACAUUAAAUGGGUUAGAGAAUUCACUUCCAAAGUACAUGAAGUAACCUUAAACACCGAGUCAGACAUAGAGUUGAUUUAUGUUGGAAAAAAUGAGAAAGUAAGAGCAAGCAUUGAUGAAGAACACCCGAGCUAUUUUUUAGAAAGUCCCUACCAUGCUUGGAGGUUUUGGACAAGGCUUCAAAGUGCGUUAUUGUCGCGAAUCAAUUACUUAAAUGCAGCUAAUUGUCACGGUGAUGAGUGCGACGAUGAAAUUGCACAAGGGUUUAAAAAAUUGUUGGGUUAUGAAUGUAAGGGUGCAACAAUGGAAGGAUGGACAUUGUUAGGCAAAGGGCAAAGGGUGAUUACAUGUGGGCAAGGAGCUAAAAUGUUGAGGGUCAUUAAUGAGUACGAGAAUUGGAAGGAAAACAUGUCCCUUAAAAGCUUUGAGCAAGCAUUCAAAGACUACUACAACAAGACGCUGCAUACUUCUUGUUCACCGAAUAGCCAUUCUUGUUGUGCUUUUGAAUACCCAAUCACCUUGAAAGAAAUUCCAAAGAAAGAGAAAUGUCCAGAGUGCUUUCAUGAUAUGCAAAAGUUGGUGACUUUUACAUGCUAUCAUGGUGACAAUUGAUUACAAGCAAAGAAUGAUGGAUGAGAAACUUCUGUAUGGCAAGCUAAGGAAUUCAAAGGCAAAUGAGCAGCUUGGAUGUGGUCCUCCAAUUACCAUCUUGUGAACCUAAUUACUUCAGAUUUUGGAUGUGAUCCUCCAAUUCGAGGUUUUGUUCCAUCUGAUUUGAUUUGGAUGAAGUAUUUACAGUUUAUUUUGUUG